AGGGAGGGUGUGCGCCAAACGAGAUUCUUGAAAAGGCCGUCCCACAAGAGACGUCUCCUCAGAACAAUCUUUCACUGGGAAUCAUGGAGUCCAUCCUAAAGAUCGUCUGCAUCAUCUCCGCGCUCUGCAUCUCAGCGGCUUUUGCCCAGCAGGGAAAGAGCAAAGACAUCUGCAAGACGGAAAAUGGCUUCUUCCCCCACGAGGACUACUGUGAUUAUUACUACGAGUGCAUUGAUGGCGUGCCCUACGUACAGGAAUGUCCCAAUGGACUGGCUUUCGCAGGCAUGGGAAGGGGGCUCAUAGACAAAUGCGACUAUCCACACAGAGUGGGAUGUCCCGACCCAGAAAACAAUAGGAUCAUGGGGCAGCCUGCUAAAGGCAGCGCUCCCUGUGCCUAUUUGUUCGGUAUCUAUCCUCAUGAGAAGAGCUGCACCCGUUACUGGCUUUGCUGGAACGGCACUGGCACUGUCCAGAUGUGCCCUUUCUCCCUCCUCUACAACGAGCAAGUGCACGCUUGCGACUGGCCCGAUAAGGUGCCCGGCUGCCAACAACAUCCCCUCUGCAAGGACGCACCCAGCGGUUUGAAGGCCAUCGAGGGAUCGUGCGUGCGAUACUGGCAAUGCGUCGGAGGCUAUCCCAGGCUGCAGAGGUGCCCGGCAGGUCUGGCUUUCAAACAGGAAACUCUCAGAUGCGACUGGAACGGUAAUGUUCCGGGAUGUGUGGUAACGCCUGAACCAGAAGAGGUAGAAGACGAAGAUCUUCAAGACGAAGUUCCUCCUCCAAGGCGACCUGGAGGGAACCGUCGAGUGACGGCAGAAUACGAAGUUCCUCCUCCAAGGCGACCUGGAGCGAACCGUCGAGUGACAGCAGAAGACGAGACCAUUAAUAAUUAAGAUGUUCUCGCCUUAUCCAUCUGCAAGGACAUUUUCCUAUACAGCCUCAUUGUUACAGACUGAUGCAUACAGCUUUCCAUCCGCACAAACUAAUGAUAGGGUUAAAGAUGUUUCCACAAUGCAUAUUCUUAAAAUCUUUUUAAUUCAGGGCUUCAUUUCUUCUCUCUGGCGAUUAGCAUUAGCCAAAAAGAUUUUUCGUUACCCCAUUUCACAUCCUGAAACUCUUUUUUAGACCUUAAGUUAGAAAUCAAAUAAGAAAAAUGGGACAUUAUUUAAUUUAAAUUUAAAAAUUAUUCUACUAAUUUUCUACGAAAUCUUCAAGUUAAUUUUAAUGAAUAAGAGUAAAGAAAAGAAAGAAGGUUGCUUGAGGUAUUUUCUUGAUCCUAAUUGAUUCGCGGUCUUUGUUUAAGAAGGCCUGUUUUACACCGGCAAGUAUUGAAGUGAAUUGUAAUGUCAAAAAAGGAAAGAAUGGUUGCCAAAAUGUUCACAGAGCUCAAUUAGCACCUGGAUAUUUCUCAUGUUAUGUUACAUUUAGGAAGCACUUUCAUAAACAGAUCAUUUAUCGCUGAGAAGCAAUUCCUAAGUCACUCGUCACAGAUGUUAAUGCCAAAUGUUGUCUACAUUGGUGCCACAAUCUCAAUGCCUGCUCUACCAUUAAGUUGAAGACAAUUAUAUUGUCAUAUGAAUCAUGUUUCACACAUUUCCUUACAACUGGAUGAGCACAUGUUUGGAGGAUACCUGCACAAGUAUAUGAUUAUAAUUGUCUCUUUCCAAUUAUCAGGUAAGGAGUUGUAUCUCUCAUUAUAUGGACAACCGUGUCAUGGGUUUCUGUCAUUCCAGUUGUAAACCUAAAAGGAAAUGUUGCUGGGAACAGUUUUAGCUGAUCUGAUCCAUCCUGUAAUACAAACUUUGUUUCCUACUGGAGAUGGAAUUUUCCAGGAUGAUAAUCUUCCUAUUCAUGUAUGUUUGAUUUGAUGUACAUGGUGAUGAAGUGAAACGUCUGCUUUGGACUGGACUGUCCCCCAACAUCAAUAUAAUCAAACUGAUAAGGUCUGACAGAGUGUUCAAUCCAGAAUCAGUGUCUUCCACAGAUCUCUCCCAGAACUUCCACAAUAUCUACAAGAAGAAUUAUACAAUAUUCCUGUACAAUCUAUUCCUAUUUGUAUGAUUUUAUUUCCACGGAUAUCCAAGUUGUAUUGCAUGCCAAAGGUGGCCUUAUGUCCUACUAAUAAAGAUUUUUGUAUUCUUU